AUGGAGCUGGAGCCGGGACCCGAGGCGCUGCUGGACCUCAGCUUCCUGACCGAGGCGGAGCGCUGCGCCAUCGCCGAGGUGCUGCACCGCGAUGCUCUGCUGCGCCGCGCAGAGGAGGGUCGAGUGAGCAAACUGCGCCAGUCCGUGUCGGACCCGAUGCGCCUGCGGACCCUGACAGGGGAAUGGUUCUGCCACGUCCGCGCCCAGCGCCACCGGAACCUGCUGGGAUCCGACCUGGUCCGUGCGUCCAUCCGGCGCAGGAGGCGGCCGUGGGGAGCAGCAGAGCUGGAGCGCAGGCUCAGCCAGGGUGAGCUGGAGGCCAUCAGGGAGAAACUGCUGGAGGAGAAGGAGGAUGAGGAGGGAGUGCGGGAGGAGAGCCCCAGUGAGGAUGGAGUCCUGGCAGCCACAGAGCCUCAGCCCAAAGCCACUGCCCCGGAAGGGACCACGGUGUCACCAUCUCUGCAGCAGGGUGAUGUCCCAGCAGGGGGACGGGACGGCUGCAGACAGCCAGGUGACAGAACGGAUGGGAGCCCCUUUGGCACCUCCAGUGUGGAGGAGGAGGAGGAGGAGCCCAGCCCUGCACACAGCAGUCCUGGUGUUGUACAGAGCACGGAGCGCCCCCCGGACGGACGGACAUCCCCGGCGGACAGCCGCGCUCCUCCAGGCGCCGCGCUCAGCAGCAGCUCCUCCAUCUCCAGCCUCAACUCCUCCACGCUGAGCGGCAGCCUGCUGAGCCUCUACAGCGACUGGGAGCUGCGCCGGGUGCCGGUGCGGGGCUGCGUUCAGUUCUCACUGCGUUACGAAGCGGCCGCUCAGGAGCUGCGGGUGCACGUGGUGCGGUGCCGGCAUUUGGCCGAGGCCAAGAGGCAGCGCUCCGACCCGUACAUCAAGACCUACCUGCUGCCCGAUAAAUCCAACCGCAGCAAGCGCAAGACCUCGGUUCGGAAGCGGAGUUUGGACCCCGUCUUUAACGAGACCCUGAAGUACAACGUGCGCAAAGCGGAGCUGCGGGGCCGGACGCUGAACGUGUCGGUGUGGCACCACGACGCGUUGGGUCGGAACCUCUUCCUGGGGGAGGUGGAGGUCCGGCUGGGAGAGUGGGACUGGGCCAACACGCAGCCCGAGUGGUUCGACCUGCAGCCCCGCGUGAGUCCUUCGUGCAGCCCCAUAGCCCUGCCCCCUCCCCACCCCAUAGCUCCCCAUAGGCCCGCUCCCUUCCCACCCCAUAGCUCCCCAUAG